CAGACCAAUAAAAGUUGUAGAAAUAUAUCAAAGACUAUUAUCUAUUGGAAUCUGGAUUACUUGAUCAUAAUGUUACUCAUUAAGAUUUCAGUCAUCUUGAUGGUUGUAACGUAUCUUUCGGCGGUAGAUCAAAGUUUGUUUCAGCAUGAAGACACCAUUGUGGCUUACGUGAGAGAAUCGUCAGAGCUUGCUUAUAAAUACAGAUCAAAUAGAAAUAUUUCUGAGAAACAUCAAGAAAUUGAGCCUGGGAGAUUUACACGAGCAGCAACGAACAGCAAUUCAUCAGGGAGAAUGAGAAAAAACAAUUCUUCUGGGGCUUAUUAUUUUGAUUAUCUGGUCAAAGAACCAAAUGGAGAUUUACAUUUGCAUAUUCAACGAAGAUUCGAAAAUGGAACGGUAAUAGGACUCUAUGCAGUUGGAGAAGACAGAAAAAGGCACAUGACAGUUAGAUACAUAGCUGACGCCAACGGAUAUCGUGCCGAAAUCUUUAAAGAUGAAGCUGAUUCUUUGGGUAAGCAUGUUGGAAUCAAUGCAGAAAGAAAAGAUGGAAGGGUGUUAAUUUCUUAUUGGGCAGUACGAAGCACAGUAGGUGUUGCACUUAAACUGUACACUCCAGGAAAAGACUCUAAAAAGGACGGCGAUGAAGAGGAUGAUACGUAUGAAAAAUGAAAUCUAUCAUAACAGCAUACAUUUACUA